AUGAUUGAGAGCUAUCUAUAAAAUGUAAACAGGGAUUAAUCCAACUAGCUAGACUCUAUUUUCGCUCAGAAUAAAAGCAUUGACAGAGUAGUAGAUGGAGGGGGUGCAGAUGGAAGCAACACUAAUAGUUAAGGAGGCGGAGGUGGUGGUUAGCCAAUGAAUUGGAAAGUACUUUUCGAUAAAAUAAUGACCUAGAAGAAGAUUACUCUUAAUCCAGAUUUGAUCGAGGAUUCUGAGGGGUAUCGAAGUAAGUCAAAUUAGAAGGAUAGAUCAUAUUCACCAAGUCGCAGAUAAUCCCAAAUGAGAAGCUAAACUGCUCGAGGAGCAAGUCCUGGUAGAAAGAGCAAUACUCACAUGAGGGCAUACUAUGGAAACAAUACAAAUUCCAACUUUUCAGGAGGGGCAUUAGAUAUCAACCAAAGAAACAUCGAGGAUAUUUACAUUGAGUAUGGCUACAAUAAGAAAAAGAGAGCUAUAUACUAGGACAUUCUCAAAUAGCAAUCUCAAGGGAACAAGUUUUACUUGAAGUAGUUGAAGUUGGGGCUUAUGGAUGAAAAUUAAAAGAAAAAAAAGACUAACUUUCUAAAUCAUAACAUGAACAUAAUAAGAGAUGGAUCAGAAAAAGUAAGAAUAAUUAAUCAGACUCUGAGUGAGAGGAAGUUUAGUAAGAACUAUCUGAAGGAAAAACUUGGAAAUGAAAAUUAUAAAACGGUCAUACUUAAAAAAGCAAGUGAAACAGCAAGAGAUCUAGACAAAGACUUUGAAUUGAUUUAGGAAUAACUAAGACCAACACAAUUCCCUCUAUAUCACACUGGCAAGGAUGAGAAGUUUAAGAAAUCUUGGACAUUGAGAUCUCUUACCAAUUCAAAUUUGAUUCACAACCCACACAGCAAUUACUAUCAUGCUAUUAAGGAGAAAUUGAACAAUAACCUAAGUUCUAAAUCGAGGCAGAGACUUAAGGAUGAAUCUAUUCGGAAGAAUGGAGGGUCCAAUGGAGGCCACAUCCCAUUGUUUAAGAGUCCUACUAUAAAGUUCAACCAGGAUUAGGAUAUGAUGCUAGAGCUCUAGAAAAGAGCUACUUUGAAGUAUUUGUAGAGACAAGAACGCAAUAAAACAAUAUAGAAGCUUAAACAGACAUUUGAAGCCAAUUACCUCUCCAAUGUACUUAAGAAUGUAAACGAAGAUAUCUUCUUAUUCAAGCAGACAUCAGCGGGAAACUUUCUUAAGCCAAAGGCAAUUAACAACUUCUGA